AACUAUUUCUUCAACUGAAACUAUCGAAAAGAAUUCAUUUAGAUAACGGUGUAUGCACUAGCAAAACUUGCUAGGAAAAAUAAUGCAGCUUAUAUCAAACAUGGAACUUCAGUUUUUACAUUUUGCCUUUUAUGACUUUUAGAUAAAACUAUUUGCAUUUAAAAGAUCUCAACUAUACGAUUGAACGCUGAUAUUCUGAAAUUAUACUGGAUAAGCAAGAGAUUCGGACUGGACACGCAACAGACAAACGGAUAGACGGACAGUUCUACGCUCUCCUAUGUAGCUCUACCGUAGAAAGGUGGUAAAGAUGUUUCCUAUGAAAUCUGAAAUACUAGGUGGUGUAGUAUUGGCUUGUAUGUUUUUGUUACCAUUCCAGCUUGUUACUUGCUAUGAGGCGAAAUGGGAUCACUUCUUGUUUGCCCAGGCCUGGCCUCCUGGCAUAUGUGCUGAUGCCGCCAAAGAGAAGCACGUUUGUCAUAUAGGGACACAGGUGAAAACUUGGACCAUUCAUGGUCUGUGGCCACAACUUGGAGCUGACAAGGGGCCAACCAGCUGUAACAGCUCAUGGCAUUUUGACUUCAGUCGGAUAGCAAGUUUGACACAGCAACUGAAGGCAUACUGGCCAAACCUUUAUAAUGACACUAUCCCUGAUAGCUUUUGGGAACACGAGUGGGACAAGCAUGGCACGUGCUGCACGGAUCUUGACUCAACUGCAGGGGAACGAAAUUACUUUACAACAGGUCUUAAUCUCAAUAAAAAAUACGAUGUUUCACAAAUGUUAGCUGACAGUGGUGUGAAACCAAGUGAAACAGCUCUCUAUAGCUAUGGUGAUUUUGUUAAUGCAGUGAAGAAGGCAAUUGGAUAUGAGCCGGUUAUACAGUGUACUACCAGAAAACAGAAAAAUGGGAGUGAAUAUCACCUGAUUGACCAGGUUCAAAUUUGCCUCAAUAAAGACUUUACUCCAAGGUCAUGCCCGGAUGGGACAAUCUAUCCAAGUGGGUACUUCCAUACCAAGGAAAGCAGCACUACAUCGAAUUUUGUAAAGGGAGAAAUAAAUGAUCUGACUGGCAGAAGAUCCAGUCACCACCACUACCAUGGAUCACAGUCAUGCCCAGAUAAAUUCAAUUAUCCACCGAUUCACCAAGUUUAGAGUGUAUAUUUCCCUCUAACUUUAAAGGUGGUCAGUUGUAUUUGGUCAUUUAACAGAUUUUUAAAAACCUUUACAUCAGAUCAUUUUCACCUAUUCACAUUCUUAAAGCAGUUGAUACGUUCUAGAUAUUAAUUGGAAGUAUUUUUUUAUAGUUUAUCACUUAUCUAGGGAGGAAUUUUAAAAAAAGGCAAACUAUUAAUAGUAAUAUAUUAUAACUGUUGAGACUGACCUACUGACUGAUUUCAGUGUUUUCUUCUUAAAGGGAAAUAACUACAAAAUCAGUCUCAAACCAAUAUUUUUUGUAACUCACGGAGCUUUUUGUUUCUUGAAUAAAGCUGUAACGAAACAUAAAAUUUAUGAAAAGUGAAAAUGUCAUAAAAUGAUGCUUAAAUGUGAUUGGCCACUUUUAGAGUGGGCAUGAUUGUGGAACUUGUAUAAUAUAUAUUGCACGUAUUGUUCAAUUGUUAAUAUUAUAUUCAGUUUUAAUAUUUUUCAAGCAUGAUGAAUGACAGAAAUUGUUGUCUGCUAAAAUAUUCUGUACAAAGCAGCUUAAUAUUACUGGAUAUUCAAAACAUUUCUAUAUAUAUACACUUAAGUUGUGUGUUACUUGAAAAAAAAGGAAGGGCUUCUUGUCUGAAGUAUCAGAUAGUGAACGGCAAGUGGAUAUAAUCGUAAUCUGGGAAAUUGUCAGCCCAAAAUUCGGUUACUUGAAAUAUAAAAAUAUUUUUUGGUUACUUAGUUCCGUUAGGUAUGAAACAUAAAUCUUUACUCUAAAUCUAGUAUCGGUAGGCCUACUUAGGUAUCUUGCACAGGAACCAAGGUUCAGUAGCGUUAAAUUUCAUUCUUACAUUAAACAUAAAAAAUUAAAUUUCUGUUAGAUAAUGAGGAAUUGCACGAAAAAUAUGUAGGCUACUUCAACUCUAUAACUUCGGUAAUGACUGAGACGUUGGCACCAAACUGACAUCCAUUUUGAAAUAAAAAGAUCUACUCUUUGUAUGCAGAGAAUGAUUCUUUUAUGGAUAAAACACUUUUCCCAUUCGGCAAGGGAUAGCAGUUCACUGAAUUUGCUUGUUUAUCAGGAUAUAAUUCCCCUUAUAUUAUGCUCAAAAUGUUAGUAUUUUUUCGAGAUAAUUUUCUUUUAAUUUGUUAAACCUUAAUGUUAGUUUAUAAAUGAUAAAUGAAUCCUAUCACCAAAGAAGUUCAUGUUAAGUUUUUUUCCUUCAUGAGUACUUCUUCGAUCAUUCAAAUUUUGUUACGUUCAUUUAUUGAGAAGAAAACAUUUGAGCCGUGCCAGGAGAAAACCAACAUAGUGAGUUUGCGACCAGCAUGUUCGCUAACAGUUUCUCUUAUUGCAAUAGGCUUUGAAAGCGAACAGCAUGGAUCCUGACCAGACUGCGCAGAAGCGCAGGCUGGUCUGGAUCCAUGCUGGUCGCAAAGCCAUUAUGUUGGUUUUCUCAUGGCACGGCUCAUUUAUGUGUUUGGAUGCCGAAAGCGUAUCUAUUUUCAACAUUUACAGCAUAAUGUAAUUUUUAAAGUAAGGUGCAUACUUUGUAACACACCAACUAUUGAAAUACAGUGAUGUUGGCCGUUUAGGUAAUAUUUGCAAAAUUGUGGCAACCUAUGAUUUAAAAAUCUGUUUAAAACACCUACUUUAAAAAUCAUAAGAAAAUGUUAAAAAAGAUUGAUGGUUCAUAAGUUAUCAUUUAAUUGAAAGAAAAUCAACCGGGGAGAGAAGUAUUUGUGUGUACACCUGUAACCAUAAAUAAUGAUUACUCACAAUUUUCAAAUGACUUAAAUGAAUUAAUUAAGUCAGGGACCCUUAUAGAAACUAUUCCAGUUGCAUAGUUGUUAGGAUUACAUUGGCAUGGUCAUAUUAUGGUCUGUCCUGCUAUGCAAUAUUUUACUGACAUGCCCAUUAUUUCACACAGAGAUGUAUUUUUAUGGCAGACAAGAUUAUUUUAUUGUUAUUAGUUUGGUUUAAUAAAAAUGCCAAUAUGUUUUAAUAGUGACCCAAUCUGUUUUACUGACCCUUAAUUUGCAGUUUUUAGAUCUAUUCCUUUUUCUUAUGAUAAAAAAUACCGACAGUUACUAACAGGUUUAAACUAAUCCUAUACAUGUAUUCUGUAAGACAUAUUUACCUUUGAUCUUAUCAACACACACCUAUUUUGGGCAGCUCAUCAUUUGUCUUCCACUAUGUCUAGUACUAGCUUUAACAUUUUUCUUUGCAUAUUUAACUCGUAAUUUCUUUCCAAAAAGUCUUCACGUGAUCAACCCAAACCCUGCUAAAUUUCUAUAAUGAAGUUGUCCAUUUUUCAAUUUGGACAGUACCAUAAACUGUUAAAAGGGGUAUUUACCAAAAAGAUACAAAGAACCAUUUGACAGAUCAUUGCUUUGUAAAAAAAUCUAUGAUUAAUUUGCACUUGGUCAUAAUGAAUAUAGACAGGUACUAUGUUUGUAUCACAUAGUUGCUAUAUAUCAAUUUCUAGACUUAUCAAAAAAACUUUUUAUGCAAAACUGGAUAAAAAUGUAGAAGAAGCAUUUUUGCAAUGUAAUUGAAAUGGCUUUAUUUUGGGGGCAUAACCAAGUUUGUAGUAAGACUAAACUACCUCUGUGUCUAUAAAUGCUUCCUUCAUGAUGGUUAUGUCAUGAAUUAUAUCAGUGAGUAAUACCUCUGAAUAAUAGUGUUUAUUUUUAGUUCGCUUUUCUUCAAGUCCAGUUUACUUUUACAAAUAUUUAUUAGAAUUUAUUUUUUGGCCGUGGACAAAAUGAAAUUGGUUAGCAGUUUCAGUGUACACCUAUUUUGGAAGUACACAAGUAGUUUCUGGAUCAAAUCUUGGUAUUUGACAUCAUUGUGCCAACGAUGACAUUGUAAAUGGUGCUUUCAAAUAUGGACAGUAUUUCAUUUGAAAUCACUUUAGCAGCAGGCAUUACGUUUUCUGAGACAUAUACAUCUCUACUAUUUAAAUAUACAAACUUUGUCUAAUCAAUUUAGUAACAAUUAUAUUUGUGUUGUGUUGUUGAAGAACAAUAAACAUAGAGUAUCUAUGCACUAACCACCAAUUAGCAUUUUGUUUAAAUAAAUUUGUUCAGAAAUAGGGCCUUGUUAUUUAAAGCCACUUAUCAAAUCAAUAGUGUUUGGUCAUUUGGAAGAGGUAAUGUUCUUUUCCUCCCCAGCCGUUUGGGAGAGGCACUGUAUCUUUCCUCAGUCAUUUGGGAGAGGUACAGUAUCAUUCCGUAGUCAUUUUUGAGAGGUGCUGAAUCAAUCUUUAGUCAUUUAGGAGAGGUAAUGUAUCAUUCUUUAGUCAUUUGGGAGAGGUGGGUAGUAACAGCCCUGUUUUGGAGCUAUAGCAUGACUGGAAAGGUUCAAGCUGCGUUGCCAUUUCAGAGCAUCCUACAGAAUCAGCUUGGGUUGACACUAUUUAAAGUCUGAUCAGAUAGAACGGUUACAAUGUUAAUUUUUCACUUGUUUAUCUUUAACGCCACAUUUGGAAUGUACAUGGCAGUUUUAGAAAUAUAACAGUAAUACCUUAAAUGGCAUAUAAGACUGUGCUAUUAAAUUGAUGUGCUAGCUGUGCGUACAUUAGGAGAAAGAUAACUUCUGUUCUGAAAACUUUUUUAAGGAUAAUUUUUAGUGUUAUCUUUUGAAGUUUAACAGGAGUUAUAAAAUACAUAUGUUAUAUAAUUAAUAUCAUCAAGUAGAGUAAUGUAUCAUCAGUUUAUCCAUAUUCUAAACUUGUAGCUAAAGCAGUAACGAGGGGUUUUUUAGUUACUUUUUUCACUAUUGCCUGACAUUCUUUAAAGUCACGUAUUUUGGCAGCAUGAGGAUGUUGCGUUUGGAACUUUAGAAUAAUUUUUUCUGAAACAUGCUAUUUUGUUUAAAGCUUUGAAACCAACAUGAAUGAGGAAUUUUGUAUUUCAAAUUUUUAUUUUGCCAUAUGGACCUAAAUCUACAUAUUGAAAAAACAAUGAUAACUUAUUCACCGUGAACAUGGUUCUGCUCUAAUAUAAUAUACAAUGUAAUAUGCUGGACGUAACUUCAUUUAUAUAUUUUUUCUGUGAUGUUUACCUGCCUUUUUCACAAGUUAUUUAAGAAAUAAUAUGUCUCAUUUAGUGAUCUGUAGUUGAAUAAUUACAAUUAUUACUCAAUUCAUAGAUUUGCGCGUUUCUGGUUGGCUGCUUCAGCACACGUGACCAACUUUCAUUGAGUAUUCAUUAGAUGUAAUUAAUAUUCAUAAUUUUACCGACUACUUUUUCGUUUCUGAAAAAAAGUUGGAUUUUUUUCAAAUAGGAAACAAAUGGUAGAAGUUUUUAUAGUUGUAAUUAUAAGAAUUGAGACCAGCAGGAAGUUGGCAGUUAGCAGUUGCAGCAGUUACAGCAGUUAACUGUUAGAACUGCUGGCAGUUACAGCAGUUAACUGCUAGAACUGCUAGCAGUUACAGCAGUAAACUGCUACAACUGCCAGCAGUUACAGCAGUUAAACAUUGCGAAUGUAUGAAAUUUCAAUAAUUACAAAGCUGAAAAAUAACAAAGCUUUUAGUAAGAAUGUAACAUCUAUACAAUGUAUACAGUUUGAAGUAGCAUAAACCUACGGAUCACCGGAAGUUUGCACUUGAGUAGUACUUGCAGUUUUGCUGCUUUUAGGUUUUAAUAGCAGUUACGGUAACAACCGAUGAUUCUUUAUUCUAUUACUGUUGUAACAACAAACAUUAAAUUAACAGAAUCCAUGUUACUACUGUAUUCCCAAUUUUGAGGGCGAACCAUAUGUAGCUACGUUGAUUUUUGAAAUAAUAUCUAGCAUAAACAUAUUUUAACAUAAAAAUUAUAUAAACAAUACGCAGAGUAUAGGGCCUACACCUGCGAAAGAAUUCCACGUGACUUGUCCGAGUGAAUUAUCCACGCAGCGUGUAACUGACUAGUAUUGUUUGGAUAAUUAAAACAUGGUUCCGCUGAUUAUUAUUUCGAUCGAUUGUAAUAUGUUUUUUUUUAUGUAAAAACGUAGAUGGAAGAAUGGGGAAGCACUAGUUCACGUCUCAUUUAAGGCACCAAAUAUUGUAGGUGGACACGUCACCGUGCAACGUGUAUUUGUGCUAACAACGCUGAAAAAAACGUAGGAGUGCGUAGAGUGAGUUCUAUCCUGCGUACCUAGUAAUCCAUACACUGCGCGUAAAUUAGCUUUUAAGUUUAACAAGCCUUUCAUAUGAAAUAGAAGGUUAAAUGUAUAUAUAUAACAGCACUCUUUAUUCGUACCUGUUAAAUGUAAUUUUCAUAUUAGAAUCAAACUAUCAUGUAUUGCUUCAGCAACAGAUUGUCAGUAUGCCAGAUACCUAAUUACAAAAUGUGCACAUAUUUAGUGCUCUGUCAUUAUACAGCAUUAAAAGGCUGGUUCAUGUUGAAAAAAUGUUACAGUUUUAAAUUGUUGCGACAUCAACCAUUUCUGUCAAUUCAGCAUACAACGCCAACAUCAUGUCUUUGGUACUGAAUUAAUAGAAUUAUUGUGUCUAAUACCUUUAUAAAGAAAAAGACCUCAGUAUGUUUAAAUUGUAGUUACAUUAAUGUAACUGUUAUGAUAUUACAUUGUUAUAGUACGUAUAAUAUCUUGUCGAAACAAUGUUGUCUUUUUUCACCUAGUAUCGUGUGCGCGAAACUAAUGUGUCAAGUUUCCAAUUUCACUGGUUGCAGUUCCAAUGUGGUUUUGUCUUUCGCCCGGCAUUAAAAGAUAGUCCCGACUGGAGAUCACAUGAAGUUAAUUUUGGCUGGAUUGAUUAAAAAAUAUUUAAACGGGGUCAAUGUCAAGGUGUUUGCCUUUCGAUCCUGGGGUUGUAGGUUCAAGCUCUUAUAGGGUUGCGACGACACCUUAAUCUUACCUUUUUUCAAGGAAGUGGACAGAAUAAGUGUGAAUAUUUAUCACAAUUAGGGUGAAAGAAAUAAAUAAAACGGGAGACCAUGUGAAACGCAGUAGAAAAUCAUUACUGCUACAAAAUCUAACGUAAAUUAUACUCUGGUGAUGAAAAGCGCAUCUGUCAUCAUUCUAUGUACCUAGACUCAUUUUACUUUAUAUCAUUAUUUUGUGUGUGUGUGUGGUGGGGGAGAGGGGGGGGGGGGGUAUUAUAUGAACGUACUAGACGAAUGCUAUUUAGAGAGAGAUACGCAACGAGAUACCGGUACAGCUUUCUAUACUGAAAACCUGUCCUUGGAAGUGAAAACAUGGUGUCUUCAGUCAAAACUACACGACGAUUAUCACACUGCAGAAACAUUAGAAAUAAGAAAAUAAGGAAGUCAAAAAGGGGGAGGGCGUUCCCGGCCAAACACCAAAGUCCACCCUUGCUCGGAAACCAGACCUUAACCAGGAUGGCCACCACCCGGGCGUGUCGGGCGUCCACCCUCUCUACAACGACCACCCGGUGGCACCCCAGUUUCUUCUACUGUUGCGGGACUGGACCCCGACACCGAAACUCGCCAUUUUACGUUCUGCCCAGACUUUGGAGCACGCUCACGAAAAAACCAGACCUUAACCGGGGUGGCCGCUAUGCCGGGUCCGCAUGCACGGACCCCCUCUACAACGCCCACCCGGUGGCACCCCAGUUUCUUCUACGGUUACGGCCAGGCAAUCAACUGCUGGAGGCGAAAUGGCGUUUUCGAGCGUUCCCGGCCAAACACCAAAGUCCACCCUUGCUCGGAAACCAGACCUUAACCAGGAUGGCCACCACCCGGGCGUGUCGGGCGUCCACCCUCUCUACAACGACCACCCGGUGGCACCCCAGUUUCUUCUACUGUUGCGGGACUGGACCCCGACACCGAAACUCGCCAUUUUACGUUCUGCCCAGACUUUGAAGCACCCCCACUCAUUUCGUUUCUUGUCAUACAUUAUGUUUAUUCUUUUUACCUCUCCUUUGUUCUAUUAUAAUGAUAAAUAACUACUUGAAUAUUAAUGCAUGUAAAAUGCAUAUACGUGUUAUAUAUAAAUUUAGUGCCCGGGACACAUGCGAAACUAUCAAAACCUUUUCAGUUUCCACUUUGAAAUUUGGAAUUCCCUACUUUCGUUUUAGUGAAAGAUAAUUAUAUAAUGGUUUUGACUUUUCUUUAUGCUAAUAUGAAGUUUAGUAACUCUUACUUAAUUCUGUAAUAUCACAUGAAUUAAUUCCCUUUUAUUCUGAAAAUUUAAUUCCAUUUGUUUCAUAGCAUAUAUACAGUUUGUUAGAAUUACAUAUUAAUAAUUAUUCUAAGAGCAAUUUUAUUUCUCUUUAAAAUGUAAUAGAAUUCUGAUUAUGAUAUGAGUAAAAUAUUUAUUACUUAUGAAUUUGUUAAUAUGCUAAUUUCAUACCAGUUUAACUGUUACUGAAAGUUUACAUAAAUACUAAUGAAAUCGAAGCAACCAGGUCAGCACAUCUGACCCUACGUCCAGCAUAUUUGUUUGUCACAAAUCCGUGGGUUAAGGGCAGCCAUUUUCUGUCAUAACCCAGCUGAUCACAUAAAUUUCUACAUCUAAAAGGGUACAGGCAGCCCAAUUCUGUCAUAACCCUUAUAUAGUAUAUGGUACAUUAUGGGUUACGGACGGCCCUCUUCCGUCACAACCCGCAAAUUCUUAGCAAAGGCUCAUCUAUGAACUGUACCUAGUAUUCAUGAUUUUACUUGUCACAUUUUAUUUUAUGAUGUAUUAACUUAGCUGUUCGCUAUUGCUAAGGGUUUUGUAAAUAUAUUUGAAAACUGCUAUUCAGUCUAACUUUAGAGUAAACUUGAUAUACCCAGUGUACGAACCUAGGGUAGUAACCACCCCGCUGAAAUAUCUGCUCUUUGGAGCUAUAGCAUGGCUGGAAAGUUGCAUGCUUAGUGAAACUUGAGUGAACUUGAGGGUUGCUAGUUAAGUGCAUCCUACAAGAUUAACUUAAGUUGGCACUAUUUUAAGUCUGAGCAGAUGGAACGGUUACAAUUAUAAGGGAAGGCAAUUCCGAGGAAUUCUUUCUGAUUAAUUUCCCUUUGAUGGACUAUAAUACAAGUAGCUGUAAACUGCUGCAACUGCCAGCAGUUCUAGCAGUUAACUGCUGUAACUGCCAGCAGUUGUAGCAGUUAACUGCUGUAACUGCCAGCAGUUCUAGCAGUUAACUGCUGUAACUGCUAGCAGUUCUAGCAGUUAACUGCUGAACUGCUGCAACUGCUAACUGCUCACUUCACACCGAUAGAAUUGAGUGGUAUUUUUCUGCGGUUCAUCUAUGUAUGAACUAUCAGGAAGUGUACACCUAAUUUUUACAUAAACACCUUCGGUAUUCAUGCAAAUUAGGUGUAAACUUCCUGACAGUUCAUACAUCGAUGAACCGCAGAAAAAUACCAUUCAGUUCUUAAAUAAAAUCAUUGUUUGGAGUUCAGAUGCGCAGGAAUUAUAUCACGACUGUCGAGGGCAAAGCCUGAUAUAAUAAUACACACCUGAACGUCAAACAAUUAUUUUAUAACUGUUUGAGAUAUGUUAUUUCGAUUCUACCACGUUAUUAAGGGUUAUUAUCUACAUCUUUAAAGAUAUUCACCAAGUAUUUGCAAGUAUUUUUCAAAUUAUGUGUUGUUUUCUUUUCCAGCGUGCCGCUGUGACGUAAUAAUUUUGACAUACUAACUGUGUGGGCGUUGCAUAAAAACACACAGUUUCAGUCUUCUUUGUUUAUAGGCAAAUCGGGUAGUGUUAGAAUUGAGCAUAUAAGGUCAUCACAUUUGUUUUCAGCAUAUUCUUUUACUUUUCAAUCGGUGAUGCCUCGUGGAAACUUCCCGUUCAGGAAACAGUCUAUGGGGUUUUCCCUACUUUCCGAACAGGGAAGCAAAAUCACCAUUUUAGACAUGCUUUUAAAAGGCCCAGUGCAUAAGAAUAUACAGGGUAUCGGUCAAUAAAAUACAUAAUUGUAAACAUUCGAGAUUUUUCUAAAUUUCUACCAUUCAAAUUUUUUAAUGUAUUAGUAAAAUGUUUAUUCAAUUUUUGAACGCUUCCCGAAUUGGAAACUUAGAGAUAUAGAAAUCUACAAUUAAAUUUAUGUAAAGUUAUGGGAAAGACAGUUUACUGAAGUAUUCUUAUCGUAUGCAUAGCUGAUAUAACUGAACAAUAUCGCUAGAAAUAUGCAGGAAAGCUUAUUACAAGAGAAUAAAAUAUACUAUUUACAUAUAUAUUGAAAUACCAAUGAAAUUCAAAAGUUAGUAGGACAUUUAAAAAAAAAAGAGUUUUGAACGGUAGAAAUUUAGAACAAUCUCUAGGGUUCACAAUGGAGUUUUAUUUAUUUAUUUUUUUGAUGUCAUUUAUAUUCUUAGGUACAGGGUCUUUUAAAAGAAGUCAUAAAAUGCUGAUGCUAUUGCUUGCCGAACGGGAAGCAAGUUACUACAUUUAUUAUCAAAAGUAUGUGAAAACCCAUAGAUUGUUUCUAGAACAGGAAGUUUCCCCUUUUGUGAUGAUGUCGUCUGUCUUUAGUUUACAUUACUGUCUUGGACAAAACAUUAUCAGUCUAUACCUCUGUAAACCCAAUUGUAGAAAUGUUUUUGUAAAUAUUGUGCGUGUUGAAUAAAGGUCUGUCUGCAACCGA